AGUUUUGCAUGCGGCGCGUUCAACAACGAAACGAAAAAACGCAACGCGAUUCGGUUUUAACCAAUUUGUACAUCUUACUCUACAUUUUUGUUGUAUUCUUUUCGAAUUCGUUUGGUUUUUUUCUACAAAAUAACAACAACGACGAUAAGCGAGUGCGUUUAUGUUUUUUUUGUUUGUGGUUGUGAGUGAAUGGCGCUUUUUUAUGCCAAAUUGUGACUGUUUGUGAAGUGAUCAAGACCAUAAAAAAGCAAAAAAAAAAAAAAAAAGGAAAGAAAUAAAAAACAAAAACCUGAACAAAAUUGAAUACAUACAAACAAUCUGGCAGACAUACAUACAUUCUCAUAUGUAUAUGCACAACUGAAAGGCGCAACAACAGCAAGAACAACAACGACAACAACAACAACUACAACUUACGACGACUUCGAGGCGUCGGCGACUCCAAUUCGGACGCUGUCGCCACAUUCCAUGGGUCCGGCAUGCUAAAGGCGCUUUGAUGGUUUUUGCAUACAAAUGACGAAUUAUGAGAAUCUUAUAAAUUUGCCAUUAAAUUUUAAUGCAAAUAAUCAUGCAAAUAAUAAUGAGAACAAUGGCAAAAUUGCUGUGGCUGAGCAGCUAUUGAAUAAGAUGUCGCAGCGGGACUUUUCCGAGAAUGAACCGGAAUGCACGCCGGAACUGCCCGCCGCGAAUCGCGCUCUCUUUCUGGAGAAGGUGCGCCAAUCGAAUGCCGCAUGCCAGAGCGGCGACUUUGCCACCGCUGUGCUGCUCUACACGGACGCACUGCAACUGGAUCCCGGCAAUCACAUACUCUACAGCAAUCGCUCGGCAGCGCGUCUGAAACAGGGACAAUUUGCCGCCGCGCUGCAGGAUGCAACGCAGGCGCGUGAGCUGUGUCCGCAGUGGCCGAAGGCGUACUUCCGCCAGGGCGUGGCACUGCAGUGCCUGGGACGCUAUGGUGAGGCGUUGGCCUCGUUUGCCGCUGGCCUCGCUCAGGAACCGAGUCACAAGCAGUUGCUUGCCGGAUUGGUGGAGGCAUCGCUCAAGAGUCCGUUGCGUGUGGCACUGGAACCAACGCUGCAGCAGCUUCGCGCCAUGCAACUGCACGAAUCCCCGUUCGUGGUCAGCUCGGUGGUGGGCCAAGAGCUGCUUCAGGCCACGCAGUAUCAGGCGGCGGUCGCGGUGCUCGAGGCCGCGCUCCGCAUCGGCAGCUGUUCACUGAAGCUUCGCGGUUCCGUGUUCAGUGCCUUGAGUUCGGCACAUUGGGCGCUCAAUCAGCUGGAUCAAGCGAUCGGCUAUAUGCAGCAGGAUCUGGCGGUGGCCAAAUCCCUGGGCGACACGGCGGGCGAGUGUCGUGCCCAUGGCAAUCUGGGUUCCGCCUACUUCAGUCAGGGUGCCUACAAGGAGGCGCUCACCGCCCACCGCUAUCAACUGGUGCUGGCCAUGAAGUGCAAGGACACACAGGCCGCUGCCUCGGCACUGACGUCGCUUGGACACGUGUACACGGCCAGCGGGGAUUAUCCGAAUGCGCUCGCCUCGCACAAACAGUGCGUGCAGCUGUUCAAGCAGCUCAGCGACCGGCUUCAGGAGGCACGCGAAAUUGGCAAUGUGGGCGCCGUCUACUUGGCCCUGGGCGAAUGCGAGGCUGCUCUCGAUUGCCACACACAGCAUCUGCGACUGGCACGCAAGCUGCACGAUCAGGUGGAGGAGGCGCGUGCCUAUUCCAAUCUGGGGUCGGCGCACCAUCAGCGUCGCCAAUUCGCCCAGGCGGCGGCCUGUCACGAGCAGGUGCUGCGCAUUGCCCAAGCGCUGGGGGAUCGCAGCAUCGAGGCACGCGCCUAUGCGGGACUGGGGCAUGCCGCACGCUGUGCGGGCGAUGCGGCCGCCUCGAAGCGUUGGCACGAACGCCAACUGGCCAUGGCGUUGGCCGCACGCGACAAACUGGGCGAGGGACGCGCCUGCUCCAAUCUGGGCAUCGUCUAUCAACUGCUCGGCGCACACGAUGCAGCCCUGAAGCUACACCAGGCGCAUCUCGGAAUCGCCCGUGCGCUGGGUGAUCGCGCGGGCAUGGGACGUGCCUAUGGCAAUAUGGGCAAUGCACAUGCUGCUGCCGGCGCCUACGAGGCGGCGGUCAAGUAUCACAAACAGGAGCUGGCCAUUAGCCAGGCGGUUAACGAUCGCAGCGCCGAGGCGUCGACGCAUGGCAAUCUCGCAGUGGCUUAUCAGGCGCUGGGCGCUCACGAUGCCGCCUUGGCGCAUUAUCGCGCCCAUCUGGCGACGGCGCGUUCACUGAAGGAUGCCGCCGGCGAGGCGUGUGCGCUGCUCAAUCUGGGCAACUGCCUGAGCGCGCGACAGCUAUACGGCGAGGCAGUGCCGCACUACGAGAGCUAUCUGAUGCUCGCCCAGGAGCUGGGCGAUGUGGCCGCUGAGGGCAAGGCGUGCCAUCUGCUUGGCUAUGCGCACUACUGUCUGGGCAACUAUCGCGCUGCGGUGCGCUACUACGAUCAGGAUCUGGCACUGGCCAAGGACGCACAGCAUCGACCGCACAUGGGACGCGCCUACUGCAAUCUGGGUCUGGCGCAUCUUGCGCUGGGCCACACGGCCGCCGCCCUGGAGUGUCAGCAGCUGUUUUUGGCUGUGGCCCAUGCCACCGGUCAGCUGCCGGCCAAGUUUCGUGCUCUGGGCAACAUCGGCGACAUAUUGAUACGCACGGGCGCCCAUGAGGAGGCCAUUAAGCUAUAUCAGCGUCAGCUGGCGCUGGCCAGAUCCGCCGGAGAGCGUGCCAUGGAGGCGGCUGCCUGUGGAGCUUUGGGCUUGGCGCAUCGCCUACUGCGACGCUGGGACAAGGCGCUAGGACACCACACGCAGGAGUUGACGCUGCGCCAGGAGCUGGGCGACUUGGCGGGCGAAUGUCGGGCACACGGACAUCUCGGUGCUGUGCACAUGGCGCUCUGCAGCUGGACACAUGCCGUCAAAUGCUAUCAGGAGCAGCUAGAGCGUGCCCAAGAGCAACGGGACGCCGCUGUGGAGGCACAGGCUCAUGGCAAUCUGGGCAUUGCCCGCCUCAACAUGGCGCACUAUGAGGCGGCCAUCGGUUGUCUGGAAGCGCAGCUCGGGACCUUGGAGCGUGUUUCGCUGCCCUCAACCCAAGCGGAUCGUGCUCGUGCUCUCGGCCAUCUGGGAGAUUGCUAUGCGGCGCUGGGAGACUUUGAAGAGGCGCUUAAGUGCCACGAUCGCCAGCUGCAGCUGGCUUUGGGUCUCGCCAGUCAUCGGGAUCAAGAGCGUGCCUAUCGGGGCUUGGGUCAAGCGCGACGUGCGCUUGGCCAACUGCCAAGCGCCUUGGUGUGUCUGGAGAAGCGGCUGGUAGUGGCUCACGAGCUGCACAGCGCCGAGGUCAAGGCCUUGGCAUACGGUGAUCUGGGACAUGUGCACGCCGCUCUGGGGAAUCAUGUGCAGGCGCUGAACUGUUUGGAACAUCAGCGGGAGUUAGCGCGUGGUCUGCAGGAUCGUGCACUUGAAUCGGAUGCCAUGUGUGCGCUGGGGCAGGUGCAACAGCGCAUGGGACAGCAUGCGGAGGCGCUGCAGCUGCAUGAACAGGAUCUGCAGCUGUGCACGGAGCUUGCAGCGCCAUCGUUGCAGGCACGCGCUUUGGGCAACUUGGGUGCAGUGCACGAGGCGUUGGCGCAGCAGGAUGAGGCAUUGAAGUGCUAUGAGCGGCAGCUUGCGCUCAGCUCGGAUCGUUUAGGGAAAGCUUUGGCCUGCGGGGCCUUGGGGCGUGUGCAUCAUCAACUGGAGCAGCACGGUCAGGCGGUGGAGUAUCUGCGACAGGGUUUGGCCAGUGCGCAGUCCAUUGGCAAGUCGGAGGAGGAGGCCAAAAUAAGACAUCAAUUAGGUCUUGCUUUACGCUCCUCUGGCGACGCCGAAGGUGCUCGCAUUCAACUGGAGACCGCUGCCCAGCUGCUGGAGUCCGUGCGUCAGGAGCAGCGCAGUCCGGAGGCGCGACUUGCGCUGUACGAGUUGCAAACCAGUUGCUACCACUUGUUGCAACAACUGCUAGUGGCGCUGCAACGCAAUGAGGACGCACUUGUGGCCGCCGAACGCUGCAAGGCACGCAACGGUGCCGAUGCCAAGUCAUCUGCCUCUGGCAUAACCAAUAACUCAACCGCAACGACAACGUCGGCAACAAGUCUAGCGGACAUCGAGGCAAUUAUGGAGGCAGUCAAUCGCGGACGCAUGCCCGUGCUUUACUACAGUCUGGCUGGGGAGCAGCUCUAUGCUUGGCUGCUGCAGCCACAGUCGGGCAUCGUGCGCUUCCAUGCGGCACGUAUCGAUUCUCAGACACUGCAGCUGCCGUUGUCGCUCAGCGAGUGCCACGAGGAGGAGGAGGAUGAACCGCAGCAACAGCAGCAGCAGCAAUUGCAGCAACCCAACGGUCAGCAGCUGCUCGAGCGAUAUGUGAACAUGGUACGCGACAAUCUCGGCGUCAACUCGCAGUCGCUGCUUCACGAAGGCGACGGCAGCGGCUGGCGGGCGAGUAGCGAACAGUUACUCGAGGAUCUGCCCGGAGCUGGCGCCGGAGGCGGCGGUUUUCUGCGCAUGGUUAGCCGCAAUCAGUUGCUCAACUCAUCGAACUACUCGCUCAGUUCGCUCUUCUCCCUCGGCUCCGUUGCCAGUCUACAGGGCUCCACGCGAUCCGUCGGCAGUCGCAGCUCCCGCCGUGCUCCGGCGCCGCCUGCCUGGCGUGGUCCUGCCUGUCUGCACACACUCUACAACCUGCUACUGGCGCCAUUCGAUGAUCUCUUGCCAAGCGGAGCGAGUGUGUCGCGUCAGGGAAGGCGUGAGCUUAUUCUGGUGCUGGACAGCGCCCUCUAUCUGGUGCCAUUUGCCAUCUUGCGUGCCGCCGGCGACGAUGGUGAAUAUCUCUCUGAGCGCUGUGCGCUGCUGACGGCGCCUUCGCUGCAGUCGCUGCGCGGACGUUGUCGCAGUCGUCGGGAUCGUGGCCGACCGCCCACAGCUCUGGUUGUGGGUGGACCACGUGUGCCCGCCGCUCUGGCUGAGCGUUGGGGCUGGGCGGCGGCCGAGUCACCAGCGGCGCUGCAGGAGGCUGCCAUGGUGGCGGACAUGUUGCAGGCGAAUGCCUUGGCCGGGUGCAAUGCCACCAAGGAGUCGGUGCUCGCCGAGCUUGCGAGUGCCGAGUGCGUGCACUUUGCCGCCAAUCUCAGCUGGAAACUGGGUGCCGUUGUGCUCAGUCCCGGGGAUGUUGUCACCGCCGAGCAGCAACAACAAAAGGAGCCACAUGAGCCGCAACUCGCCGACUUUACGCUGGCAGCAACAGAGUUGCGUCAGUUGCGACUGGGUGCUCGCUUGGUUGUGCUCAGCUCUUAUCAGUCGGUGGAGCCCAUCACGGGCUUCGGUGUUGCCCAGCUGGCUGGUGGUUGGCUUCUAGCCGGCGCUGGAGCUGUGCUCAUCUCGCUGUGGCCCGUGCCAGAAACAGCUGCCAAGAUACUGCUGCGUGCUUUCUACUCCGCCCUGUUGCAAGGUGCACGUGCCGCACGCGCCUUGGCUGAGGCCAUGCAGACGGUACAGCACACCAAGCACUUUGCUCAUCCCGCCAACUGGGCAGGCUUUCUGCUCGUCGGCGGCAAUGUACGGCUGUCCAACAAAGUGGCGCUGCUGGGACACGCCCUCUGCGAACUGCUGCGCACGCCGGAGCGUUGCCGCGAUGCGUUGCGCGUCUGCCUGCAUCUGGUGGAAAAGAGCCUGCAGCGCAUACAUCGCGGACAAAAGAAUGCCAUGUACACCACACAGCAGAGCAUCGAGAACAAGGCCGGACCUGUGGCCGGCUGGAAGGAUCUGUUAAUGGCCGUUGGCUUUCGCUUUGAGCCCGCCGCCAAUGGCAUUCCCUCCAGCGUCUUCUUUCCCCAAACUGAUCCCGAGGAGCGUCUCUCCCAAUGCUCGGCCAGCCUACAAGCACUGCUGGCCCUCACUCCGGUCACACUCCAAGCGCUGGCCAAGCUGGUGAACAGUGCCGAGCAUGCGGACGACAUUAUUGCCGUGGUGCGCAACAUUCUGAAUCAGUUCCCGGCCAAGCCCGAGGCCGAGGCCUGUAUUGAGAUGCCGUUAAGUGUGCGGCUGUGGCGCGUUGCCGGCUGCCACGAGCUACUCGCCUCAGUGGGCUUCGAUCUGACCGAGGUGGGGGCCGACCAGGUGAUACUCCGCACCGGCAAGCAGGCGAAUCGUCGCCACUGUCAGUAUGUGCUGCAAGCGUUGCUGGCGUUAUUCGACACACACGAGGCGCCCAAGAGCCUGAGCCUCGACGCCGCUGGCCACAGCAGCAGCAGCUGCGAAUCGUUGGCUGAACCAGAUGAACUCGAUGUGCCCGUCAAUCAAGCCAGCACCGUGAACUGUGAUGUCCCCGCGCCAGCUGCGAAUGCAACACAAUCGCCUUUGCCACUGCAUCCUCGCAGCGCCUUCAUCUCAUAUGUGCGUCGCCGUGGCGAGCCCGAUGGCGGCGGCGGCCUUGACUCCAGUCUGGCCAACACCACCGACAGUGAGCACUCGCUCUCAGAUGGUUAUGCCACCCAACCAGGCACUGGCUCCAACACCCAUCAGACUGGGCCACGUCUAGGCUACGCCAGUCUGCGUGGUCCGGUCCGGGUGUCACGUCCUGGCGGCGGCGGCGAAAGCGAUGCCGCCUUCACGCCAAGUCCGCCGGUGACCGAUCCCAGCUUAUCCCUGGCGCUGGCGCAUCAGACACGCAUACGUUGCCUCUACGCGCAGCCAGGAGGCUCAGCAACGGCAGCAACAGCAGCUACGGCAGCGAGGGCGACCAGCAACCGACGGCCAGAUAGCUCCAGUUCGGCGAGCAGCACCACUACGGACUGGGAGGGUUCGGGACAUGCCACAGUGCUGCGACGCGGCGCCGCAGCAGGCGCCCAGCAACAGCAGCAGCAACAGUUGCAACAGCAACAGCAGCAACAACUUCAACAGGCGGCACAGCAACAGCAGCCACCAUUGCCACCGCCCCGUCCGCCUGUCUAUCACAAUUUGGGACGCAGCAAACCGAAGAUUAAGCUGGGCAGCGCCCAAAGCUCACUGGCCGCGCGUGUCAACAAGGAGCAUGCGCUCUUUAUGGAUCGCCUGAGUGUGCGCACCGAGCUUACGGCGCCCACAGUCACCGGCAAUUCAGCUGCGAGCGUUGCAACUUCUGCUGCUGCUGCUGCGGCUGGGCAACGCAAGCCUUUGUCGCUGAGCGAGGAGGAGGCCGCCAAUGUGGCCUUUAAUCCGGCCAGCUUGUACUUCUCGCCAGCGGACACCGCUGAGCUGCUGGGCGAGUCCAAGCAGCCGCUAGAGGAGACGCCGGUCAAGCCGAGUGCCAAGUGCAUUCAGGACAGCAUCAUGCGGCACAUGAAUCGCGAGCUAACGCCUAGCAUCUCGGAGCUGUAUCACGAGCGUAGUCUGGGCCUCGGUUUGGCGCCGCCGCUGUCCAAGCUGUUGCUCAAUCCUAACUACGAAGAGCAAGAGGUGGCCAACAUGGUCGUAGAGAGCGGCGCACAAGCUGCAGGCAAUGCAGCGGCCAUUAAAACCCUCGUCGAUGCCGUCAAUGAACUUGAGCUGAGCGGCAGCUCGUCGGGUGCAACAAUACCCACUGUGGUUGGUGGCAACGUCGUAGAUACGGAUACGGCCAGCACAUUGCCGUCCGCGGAUGUAGAGGCCACGUGCUCCAUUUGUGGCGAACGCGCCGAUGUCAUCUGCCGCUGCAAGGCGGCCACCAUGCAGAAGAAGGCCACGCUCAAGCCCUGGCUGAGCAAUGUACCCGCCAGCAGUCUGGUGCAAGCCAGCGAACUGACCACCGCUGACAUUCUAGAGCGGCGUCUCGAGACGAGUGUUGUGGUGCCCAGCAGUAGUGCACCAUUCGCGGCCGAACUCUGUCGCCGCGACGAGGGCGAUGGACGCUCCGUGGCCGAUUCGCAAUGCAGCAGCAAUUACAAGAGAGUUCUCGCCACGGCGGGCGCUGUUAGCGGUUUAGUUGUGGGCAUUGGUCACACUGGCGAUGCGGAGACGCAGGGUGGCAAUUCUGGUGCCACUUGUUCGUCGGCACGCCUCGUCUAGAAGGAACUCGCGAAUUAUGCCGAUUUAUUGAUAUUAUCAGUGUAAUGUGUAGCUAAGUUUGUAGUCUCGAUUUACGCCCUGUACUGAUCAUUUAAGUGCUAGAAUAUCGCAUUCUAUUUAUUUAUUUAUAUACGUACAUACUUAUUAUAUAUAACGUUCACACACACACAAGCAGACAUAUAUAUAUACGAUUAUAGUACACUUGCCUAUUUGUAAUAUUUAAACAAAAGCCACUGAUUAAAUUGUAUGCAUUUAUAUGAACCAUCUG